GGAGAACUGAGCGAGUGUGCAUGUGUAACGACAACAUCGUCAUCCUUUCUUAGGACGGCGGCUGGCGGAUGUGACGAAACGGUCGCCCUAUCGACGCCGAAACACUUUGUCCCUCGAGGGAAGACUGCCGCUGCUGACCGGAGAAAAGGAGAGCGGGCCGCCCCAAGGGCCGCCGCGAACGUGAUAAACGGACGGAGAGGGAAACCUCGGCGGUCCCUCCGAGCCGCCACUUGUCAUGAAUGCUCAGCCAAGACCCAACGACGGCGAUGCCGACGGCGCACGCGACAAGGAGACGCCGGAAGCCGGGGACGCGGCCCCGUCGAAGCAGGACCAAGUUCCAGCGCGGGAUUCGACGCAAGACGUCGAAACCGAUGGCGACUACCUGUGCGGCGUGGGCAACUACAGGCCCGACUGGCUCCAGAGGUUCGCCACUUCGCGUUACUACGCCCUCGUGUUCGGCUUGCUGGGCAUCUUUCAGGGCGCCUACCGGACCUACCUGGUCGGAACACUGUCCACCGUGGAGAGGCGCUUCUCGAUGUCCAGCCGCGCAUCGGGCAUCAUCAUGAUCGCCGACGACCUGAGUCCCAUCGUGGCCAACUUCGUGAUGAUGGCUUGCCUGAGACGCACCAGUAAACCAAACUGGGUGUCCGGUGGCAUGCUCUUCUCGCUCCUCGGAGCUGUUUCCAGCAUGCUUCCCUACCUGGUGUACGGUCCGGGCAAGCACCUCAUGGGAGACGUGCGUACGGUCGGUGGCGUCUCGACCGCCACUACUCAGUUCUGCGGCACUUCGGAUGGCGAGGCGGCGGCGGCCAGUUGUCAAGCCAUCAAGGAGGACGCAGCGUCGAUCGGGCCCCUGAUGUUCUUCUUCAUGGGCAACUUCUUGAACGGACUUGGCGGAACCGCUUACUACGUCAUCGGGACCACUUACAUGGACGACAACGUUAAGAAGAAAAACUCGGCCGUGUACUUCGGCUCCCUGUAUGUAUUCCGCCUCCUGGGACCUGUCUUGGGCUUCACAAUGGCGUCGAUCAGCCUAAGUUACCCUGAGGAAAUGAAAGGUACGUCCUCGCUUAAGCCUGGCGACCCUCGGUGGAUCGGCGCCUGGUGGUUCGGCUACAUCUUCAUCGGGUUUGGCCUUCUCAUCAGCACACUUCCAAUGCUGUUCUUUCCGAAGAAGAUCCGGUCAAAAUCAGAAGCUAACAAAGGCGAUGCUGUCAGCAAGGACAAGAGUAUGAAAGCUGAAUUGAAAGAGGUGUUACAGGGACUCGGAAGGUUGGCCCGAAAUCCAGUCUACGUGUUCCGCAUCCUAGCGGCGAUCGCAAAUUACAUUGCUCUGGCCGGUUAUUACAUCUCUUUUCCGCGCUACACUGAGCACCAGUUCUCUCAGACCGCGUCAAAGGCCAGUCUUCUUGCUGGACCAACUUAUAUCGUGUCGAACGUGGUCGGCAUCGUUCUGGGCGCUGUGUUCGUGCACAAAGUGAAACCAUCGCCCAGGGUUGUGGGCAUACAGUCGGUCAUCGUGGUUUUCGCCGCCGCAGUUGGUAUCACUUCACUCAUGGCGAUAAACUGUGGCUCGAUACAGUACCCCGUGGUUCCGGAUGCGGUCGAAGGAGUGACUAUCCAAAAUCAGUGCAGCGAUGGAUGCGACUGUUCCACGAGAGUCCAUCGUCCAGUGUGCGACCAAGCGACAGGAACGCAGUACUUCUCAGCGUGCUUUGCGGGAUGUCCUGUCAGCGAAUUCAAUCAGACGGAAUUUCAGGACUGCCUGUGCCUGCAGUCGGAAUACGGAAUGAAUAAGUUCACCGUUGGAAAUGUUUCAAACAGCAAAUGCGAGCAGGACUGCUUCGACGCCAUGAUGAUCUUCGCUGGUGUGGUCUUCGUGAUUCAAAUUACGCUGGGCAGCUCACACGUUGGUUCGACUAUCGUCGGGCUAAGGUGUAUCGAACCACGAGAUAAAAGCCUGUCUUUGCUCGUCACGUCAGCAAUUAUGAAUGCAUUUGCUUUCAUCCCGUACCCGCUCAUCUACGGUGCCUUGACGGACGCCUCGUGCAUCGUCUGGGAGGAUCGGUGCGGCGAGCGGGGAUCCUGCUGGCUCUACGACCUCAAGAAGCUCCGCUACCUAAUACACGGCGUCACGAUGGCGCUGCUAUUCGCCGGCUGCAUCUUCCAGGCAUUCAUGGCCUACUACUGCAAACGCAUCAAAAACUUCUACGACGACGAAGCGGACGAAGCAGCCGACGGCGGCGAGAAACCAGGGGGUGACGGUGUCCACGUGCCCCUGAGGCUGUCCAUUAGCGAGGGACCUGAUAGUCACGUGACAGGCACCGAGCGCCGCCCCAGGACUCGGACAAAGAGCAUCGAUAGCUGGGAGUUUCAGAACUUCAAUCAGGUCACCAACGUCACCAAGUGAAUGCUCACACACGGACAGUUGGAGUUGCGCUCCAUCAUCCCUUUACUCACUUUCC